AUUGUGGUCCAGCAGAAUACAACACUUUUAACGGGCAGUGCUGCCCAAUGUGUGGUAAGGGUAAUGUUAAUUUAUGCAUUUGCUUUUUCAAUGUUGUACAAUUGCAUGUUACCAGUACAUAAGGGGCAGACACAUUUCUACAGGUAGCCUACAAUAUCUCACAUACUACAGUAUUUCAGUAGGCCUCAUGCAGUAAAUGGGAGGCAUUGGCUGUGUCGACGUUACCUGGCAGCAUUCUCUAAUAACUAUUUGCCUAUUUCUGUUUCAUACUUCUCAAUUAUUUAAUUUUUUUACUGAUGCAAUUCAGCAAGAUAUCAUAAUUUUACAAAUUGAAAGGAUUAUAUUUACAUGUACUAAAAUACAUUAAGUCUACAGGUCAGUUCAUCUCCAUACUUCAAAACUCCUAAGAACUUCAUAAAUCCAGUGUGUGGGUCUUCCAGUGAGUUGGAGAGGAUUGAGGAACCAUGGCACAGUUUGAAACCUUGAUAUGGACUGUAAGUGAAACAUUUCUGAUUAGCACAUUUUGUGGCUUGGCAUGUAAAAAAAAAAGAAGAAAAAAAAGUGAUCAAUGUAAAUAUGUCCUUUAUGAAAUAUGAAUCAGUUAUUAGCCAACUAGUUUUAGUUAACAUUUGACUGAGAGAUGUACAUUUCACUAACAUUUAUUGACUGAAUUUGCAGAUAACAGGUUAUCUUGGGUUUGGUGUCAUCUUUAAAUGUAAUGUAUGCUGAUGCUGAUGUUUUAUUUCUUCUCUAUUUGCAGAUACCUAUCACUUUUAUACUUCUAAACAUUGAACCCUGUUUCACAUAUAUUCGCCCCAUCUAUAAAAUAGGCGAUAGAUAUUGCAGAAUGUGUAGGCCUGGUAAGGACCUUGUGUAUUUUUAUUUACAUUUACAUUUAAAUUUACAUUUACAAAUGUAUUAUUAUGAGGGGUUAAUUAUAAUAAUAACUAUAAUAAUACCAACAUUUAAUUAUUUUCUGGUUUUCUUUUCAACAGGAUAUCGUGUAAAUAGUCAUUGUACUAAAUCUACAAUCACCUCCUGUGUGCCCUGUAUUGACUCCACAUUCCUUGAUGAGCCCAGUGAGAAAACAACAUGCAACAACUGUACCACAUGUGAUCCAGGUGAGAAUUAUAUCAGCUGUUGUUUUAAUGAAAUACAACAGGCUUUACAUUUAGCUUCAGAUACCAAGUGACAUGUUUUCUCCAUAGGUUUGGGUUUGAAGGUAAAGCAGCCAUGUAGACCUUCAUCAGACACUGUCUGUUGGACACUGGAGGGGUUCUACUGUCUAGACCCAACUAAGGAUGGUUGUAGAGCAGCCCAGAGACACAGCAGCUGUAAACCUGGUCAAUACAUCAGCCACACAGGUUGGUCUUCUGUCUCACUCAUAAAACUAAUUGUGUUGUCAUAAUUCAAUUGAGUCAAGUUGUUAACUUCAGUGUGAAUAAUCAUUACAGUUAAUGGAAUUAAAUGAGGGGAAGAAAUUACAUUUUUAUUAAUAUUUCAACAUGUACAGUUGAAGUCGGAAGUUUACAUACACCUUAGCCAAAUACAUUUAAACUCAGUUUUUCACAAUUCCUGACAUUUAAUCCUAGUAAAAAUGCCCAGUCUUAGGUCAGUUAGGAUCACCACUUUAUUUUAAGAAUGUGAAAUGUCAGAAUAAUAGUAGAGAGAAUGAUUUAUUUCAGCUUUUAUUUCUUUCAUCACAUUCCCAGUGGGUCAGAAGUUUACAUACACUCAAUUAGUAUUUGGUAGCAUUGCCUUUAAAUUGUUUAACUUGGGUCAAACGUUUUGGGUAGCCUUCCACAAGCUUCCCACAAUAAGUUGGGUGAAUUUUGGCCCAUUCCUCCUGAUAGAGCUGGUGUAACUGAGUCAGGUUUGUAGGCCUCCUUGCUCGCACACGCUUUUUCAGUUCUGCCCACAAAUGUUCUAUAGGAUUGAGGUCAGGGCUUUGUGAUGGCCACUCCGAUACCUUGACUUUGUUGUCCUUAAGCCAUUUUGCCACUUUGGAAGUAUGCUUGGGGUCAUUGUCCAUUUGGAAGACCCAUUUGCGACCAAGCUUUAACUUCCUGACUGAUGUCUUGAGAUGUUGCUUCAAUAUAUCCACAUCAUUUUCCUUCCUCAUGAUGCCAUCUAUUUUGUGAAGUGCACCAGUCCCUCCUGCAGCAAAGCACCCCCACAGCAUGAUGCUGCCACCCCCGUGCUUCACGGUUGGGAUGGUGUUGUUCGGCUUGCAAGCGACCCCCUUUUUCCUCCAAACAUAACGAUGGUCAUUAUGGCCAAACAGUUAUAUUUUUGUUUCAUCAGACGAGAGGACAGUUGCAAACCGUAUUCUGGCUUUUUUAAUGGCGUUUUUGGAGCAGUGGCUUCUUCCUUGCUGAGCGGCCUUUCAGGUUAUGUCGAUAUAGGACUCGUUUUACUGUGGAUAUAGAUACUUUUGUACCCGUUUUCUCCAGCAUCUUCACAAGGUCCUUUGCUGUUGUUCUGGGAUUGAUUUGCACUUUUUGCACCAACGUACGUUAAUCUCUAGGAGACAGAAUGAAUCUCCUUCCUGAGCGGUAUGACAGCUGCGUGUUUCCAUGGUGUUUAUACUUGCAUACUAUUGUUUGUACAGAUGAACGUGGUACCUUCAGGCGUUUGGAAAUUGCUCCCAAGGAUGAACCAGAAUUGUGGAGGUCUGCAAUUUUUUUUCUGAGAUCUUGGCUGAUUUCUUUGGAUUUUCCCAUGAUGUCAAGCAAAGAGGCACUGAGUUUGAAGGUAGGCCUUGAAAUACAUCCAUAGGUACACCUCCAAUUGACUCAAAUUAUGUCAAUUACCCUAUUAGAAGCUUCUAAAGCCAUGACAUCAUUUUCUGGAAUUUUCAAGCUGUUUAAAGGCACAGUAAACUUCUGACCCACUGAAAUUGUGAUACAGUGAAUUAUAAGUGAAAUAAUCUGUCUGUAAACAAUUGUUGGAAAAAUUACUUGUGUCAUGCACAAAGUAGAUGGCCUAACCGACUUUCCAAAACUAUAGUUUGUUAACAAGAAAUUUGUGGAGUGGUUGAAAAACGAGUUCUAAUGACUCCAACCUAAGUGUAUGUAAACUUCCGCCUUCAACUGUAUUUAUGCAGGAACAACAUCUACAGAUACUGUGUGUGUUGACUGCCCUGGUAAAACGUAUUCAGAUGGAUCAUUAACAUCUUGUCAACCACACACAGAGUAAGUGUGGACAUUAUUAGUUAGUUCAAAUGGUUAAGAUAUAAAAAUACAAUAAUUAUUAUGCUCAAAUGGAAUCUUUCAAAAACUAUAUUUAUGUCUUUGACAUAGAUGUGAAUUCUUGGAAAUUGAACCAGGAACUCCUUGGUCGAAUUCAGAAUGCGGAGUAACCUCACUUCCCACAGCUGGAACCAUAGCUGGAAUCAUAGCUGGUGUUCUGAUAGGUUUCCUGAUAGCCACCAUAGCUGGUGUUUGUUUAUUUAUAGUGAGAACAAAACUAAACUUAGGUAAGAUUACUGGAGUUUUAUCUUUACCAUUCAUUGUUUUCAAUGCCUGUGAUACUCAGUAUACUCUGUAAAUGCUACAUGUUCUACUUCUCAUAGUGUAGAUUACUGUUUGUUAACGUCAUGGUUACACAGUAUGUUUAUUACAAUAUUGGACAUCUGACUUUUUUAUAGGCCCUCAAAUACUGACACAGGUAUGUUUGGAAAUCUAUGAAUUACUAAGUGUGUUACUAAGUGCUCUCUUCUGGCUGUGAAAUUUGAAUUUAAUGGGCCAGUUUCCCAGGCAUAGGUUACGCCUAGCUUUGGACUAAAAAGCACUUAAAAUUGAGAAUCUCCAAUGUACGUGCUUCUUAGUCCAGGACUGGGCUUAAUCUCUGUCUGGGAAACUGGCCCAAUGUGGUUUACUAAUUACUGAUUCUGUCUGAUAGGCAUUCCCAUAUCAGGAUAUACCAAUGCUGUCUGAGGAAACUGUAAAAGGUAAGGCAAACUUUCAAGGUUUUCUAAAUAUGUGUACGGAAUAGUUUUUAUGAGUUAAAAGAAUUUCAAACAUAUUUAUAAGUAAAUGUAUAUGGUUUAUUACUUAAUCAAGUCAUCAAUGCUAUGACAAAUGAUAUGAUCCAAGAAUAAAUUACUCUGGAUACAAGCAAUUGUUCUACAAAUCAUUGUCCAGAACGUAAAUUAAUUACUGAUAAAUUACAAAUGAAUUCUCUCCCCAGAUUCAAGCCCCCAUCACAGUCAGUGACUCAACAUUCUGUAAGCUGUGCUCCACUGGCUGGCUGGUCCAGCCAUCU